AUGUCGAAAGACACUUACAGUGUAGUCCCGAACAAGAGAAGCAGAAAGGAAACGGCAAAUCGAAACGAAGGACAAAUUUCAUGCCGGGAAACCAGCAAAGACACAUUGCCAGAAGACACGAUAUGCAGGUAUAAGAGUGGGCAACAGACCUAUUUGCCGUAUCUGGGAGUUUCCAUGGUGAAGGAACUCUACGAGCUAGCUGUCGGAAUACAAAUUGGAGCGGCGACGGUAUUCAAGGGAAUUGAAGCCGUUGACGAAGCGAAUACAGCCAACCAAAGAUACACCCAAGAAAUGAAAUCCCCUCUAGGACGAUACGACGCAAACCGCAGCAAAGCUCAGCGAGGGAUGGAACACCCGAUUUUGCGCAAAUGGCACCAGGCUCUCAGUGCAUGCGGCAAACAAUGCAGCGCUGAUUGGGACCUGGGGACUCGGGCGGUUAUGGAUUUAUACUCUCCGCCGCGGGUUCUCAAGGGAUGUUCUGCAUAA